AUGAACGUUCAACAGAUCAUGCUCCCUCAGGGCUGGGAAGCCCGAUGGGACGCUGGGUCCGGCCAAUACGUCUACGUCAACCAGGCGACCGGUCAGAGCCAGUGGGAGGUUCCUACCAACCCUUCGUUCCCGACUGGACAUGCGACCUCGACUUCCCCUGCCCCCGCUGGCGGCGCCGCGUCCCACCACCACUCGAAGAGGAGACAGUACCCCGUCGCCGACAUGGAGCAGAUGUAUGGAGGAGCCGCCCAGCAGCAGCAGCCCGGCUUCCAGGCCGCUACACCCCAGUUCAACCAGCCCCAGGCGCCGAUGCAGCAGCAGCAGCAGGGAGGCUUCCAGCAGCCCGGCCAGUUCUUCACGCCUGGAAUGGAGGGACAGCAGGGACAGCAGCAGGCGCAGCCCGGCUUCCAGCAGCCUGGAGCUCAGCAGCCCGGCUAUGGCCAGUCCGGCGUCGACCAGAUGAGCAACCAGUUCGGACAGAUGAACAUGAACCAGGUUGGAGGAGGAUACGCUGGCCACAACCAGCCGCCUGGAUGGGGCCAGCAGUUCGAGGCGAAGCAGCUCCACCCCAUCAACACGGUCAACCUCAUCGGCCUCCAGCCCGACGUUCGCCUGCUCGAUGCGCCCCCUCCCCCGGCUCUCCUGCCUUCCAACGCGUCGGUUACGAACUCGCCCAACAUUCACCCCGACCCCUCGUACCAGCGCUGCACCCUCUCCUCGAUGCCCACCACGCAGGGCCUCCUUAACAAGAGCAAGCUCCCCCUUGCUCUCGUUAUGGCCCCGUACCGCUCUUACCGCGAGUCGGACGGGGACGAGCCCGUCCCGGUUGUCUCGGACUCGGUGAUUGCCCGUUGUCGCCGUUGCCGCGUCUACAUUAACCCGUUCGUCACGUUCACUGAGGGAGGAAACCGCUGGAAGUGCUGCAUGUGCGGUCUUAGCAACGAGGUGCCGCAGCUCUUCGACUGGGACUCGCGGGAGAACAAGCCGGCCGACCGCUGGGCGCGCAAGGAGCUCAACAACUCGGUCGUCGAGUUCGUCGCCCCUACGGAAUACAUGGUCCGCCCUCCUCAGCCGCCCGUGUACUGCUUCGUCAUCGACGUCAGCCAGCCCGCCAUCCAGUCGGGAAUGGUCGCGACCGCCGCGCGCUCGAUCCUCGAGUCUCUCGACAACAUUCCCAACGAGGACCAGCGCACCAAGGUCGCUUUCAUUGCCGUCUCGACCAGCUUGCACUUCUUCUCUCUUCCCGCUGGCAAGGACUCGGAGGCUUCGAUGCUCGUUGUUUCCGACCUCACCGAUGUCUUCCUCCCCAAGCCCGUCGACCUCCUUGUCAACCUCACCGAGUCCCGACCAGCGAUCGAGAACCUGCUCGGCAAGCUCAGUGACAUGUUCCAGGACACCCACGUCGUUGGCAACGCUCUCGGUUCCGCCCUCCAGGCUGCCCACGAGCUCAUCGGCAAGAUUGGUGGAAAGAUCAUUGCCCUCAGCGCCUCCCUGCCCACGCUGGGCACUGGCGCCCUCAAGGCUCGUGACGACCCCAAGCUCCUCGGAACCUCAAAGGAGAGCUCGCUGCUCACUGCGCAGUCCAACUUCUACAAGACGUUCGCGAUCGAGUGCUCCAAGUCGCAGGUCUCCGUCGACAUGUGGCUGUUCUCCUCGACCUACACCGACGUCUCGACGCUGUCGUGCCUUCCCCGCUACACUGCUGGCCAGACUUACCUCUACCCGGGCUUCAACGCGUCGCGAUCAGAGGACGCGAUCAAGUUUGCCACCGAGUUCGGCAAGUCGCUCGCCACCCCGAUCGGUCUCGAGGCUGUCAUCCGUGUGCGUGCCUCGCGCGGUAUCCGCAUGUCGGCGUUCCACGGAAACUUCUUCAUCCGCUCCACCGACCUGCUUGCCCUCCCCGUUCUCCCUGUCGACCAGAACUACUGCAUUGAGCUCCAGCUCGAGGACGACCUCAAGCAGCCGUUCGUUGUGCUGCAGACCGCUAUCCUGCACACGACCUGCUACGGCGAGCGCCGUAUCCGUGUCAUCACGCAGGCCCUGCCGACGACCGACUCCAUCGCCCAGUUGUACGCCUCCGCCGACCAGCUGGCGAUCGCCAACUACCUGUCGAACAAGGCCAUCGAGAAGGUCUGGGCCGGCUCGUCGCUGGAGGACGCGCGCAACCUCAUCACGAACCGCCUCAGCGACAUGCUCUCGGUCUACAAGAACCAGGUCGCUGGUUCGGCCGGUGCCUCUGCUCAGCUCGCUGUUCCCGCCAACCUCUCGCUCCUGCCGCUACUGUGCUGUGCCAUGAUCAAGCACGUCGGUCUGCGCGAGGGCUCGACGAUUCCCCCCGACCUCCGAGCAUACGCCCAGGACCUGCUUACGACGCUACCUGUGCAGUCGUUCAUCCCCUACAUCCACUCUCGCUUCUACUCUCUCCACAACAUGCCCGCAGAGGCUGGUACGAUUGGCGAGCAGGGUGUCAUCAUGCCGCCGGCGAUGAACCUGACGUCAGAGCGCCUGGAGCGCCACGGUCUGUUCCUGAUCGAGGACGGUCAGAACAUUUUCCUCUGGGUCGGACAGGAGGCCGUCCCCCGACUCAUCCAGGACGUGUUCGACCUCAACUCGUACGCCGACCUGCAGGGCGGCAAGUACACGCUGCCGCAGCUGGAUAACCCGUUCAACCAGCGCGUCAACGCGAUCAUUGCCAAGACGCGCGAGCUCCGCCGUGGCAUCUACCGCCCGCACCUCUAUGUCGUCAAGAGCGACGCCGAGCCGGCGCUGCGCUCGUGGGCCCUCAGCCUCCUCAUCGAGGACCGCAUGGACAACAUGAGCAGCUACGCCCAGUACCUCACGCGCGUCAAGAACAAGAUCAACGGCUCGUAG